UGCCAUUCACAUGAUCCAACCAGUCCCCAUUGAUUGGGGCCAAUGUACUUUCUUUUUCCAUGCAAUCCUGCCCAACUGCUUGCUCAUCGAGACACCUGUGCUUCUUCUACAGCACUCACAUGUGUGUCCAAUCUCCAUGAUGUUCACAUCACAUCGCCACAACUUGCUGAUUCCAAAGCAGCUGAGCCCAUGCAGCAGUGAAGAAGGCCUCCUCAUUCAUCUCUGUUGCUUCCGAGCUGAGAACAGCUCGUUCAUACAGCCUCAUGCAGUGACUUUUGUUGUUGUUCUCUGUUGCCCUUUUUGGAGAGCUUGAUUUUUUGUUCAUUUCUUGGGUUCAGACUUCAGGGUUCACUGAAUUCUUCAAGGGGAAUAUAGUUUUUUUUUGCAUAUAGAUAUAGUCAUCAAGGGCUCAAAGUUGCAGCUGCUGCUUGGUUCUUCAGGAUUGCAAGAUGCAUACUACCAUGGUUGCACUCUACAUUACAAUCUGCUCUAUCCUGUUCAUCGUGUCCAAGAUGCUCAUCUCCUUCCUGCUCUACAAGAAGUGGGCUCGCAAGAAACGGAUCAUCGAGAACAGCCUGACAGGUGGCAAGAUGGUGAUGUUCAGGUCGGCGGCGAUGCAGUCGCUGAGCCCCAAGUCGUUCCUGACCAUGAUCAUGGGGCUCUCGAACAAGGACAUCAUCGGCUCCGGCGGGUACGGCACGGUGUACAGGCUAAGCGUCGGCGAGAAGGCGGCGUUCGCGGUGAAGAAGCUGAGCCGCGGCAGCGCCGAGAUGGACCGGGGGUUCGAGCGCGAGCUGGACACCAUGGGCGACAUCAAGCACCGCAACAUCGUCCCGCUCUGCGGCUACUACGCCGCCCCGCACUUCAACCUCCUCAUCUACGAGCUCAUGCCCAACGGCAGCCUCGACACCAUCCUCCACGGGAAGGAGGAGACGAGGAGGGCGCUGGGGUGGGAGGCGAGGCACAAGAUCGCGGCGGGGGUGGCGAGGGGGCUCGCGUACCUGCACCACGACUGCAUCCCGCACGUGAUCCACCGCGACAUCAAGUCCAGCAACAUCCUCCUCGACCACAACAUGGAGGCCAGGGUCUCCGACUUCGGCCUCGCCACGCUCAUGAAGCCCAACCAUAGCCACGUCACCACCGUCGUCGCCGGCACCUUCGGCUACCUCGCCCCAGAGUACUUCGAGACCGGGAGGGCGACGACGAAGGGCGACGUGUACAGCUACGGCGUGGUGCUGCUGGAGCUCCUCACCGGGAUGAGGCCGACGGACGAGUCGUUUCUUGAGAACGGCACGAGGCUAGUGACCUGGGUGAAGGAGACGAUGGAGGAGAAGAGGGAGGAGCACGCGGUCGACAGCGCGCUGGAGUCGUCGUUCCCGGCGGAGGAGGUGAAGCUGGUGUUCAAAGUGGCAGACAAGUGCCUCGAGUCUGAGCCCUGCAACAGGCCAACCAUGGCUGAAGUUGUCAAGCUGCUGGAGCAAGCCAAGAACACUACUGCAUGAUCGGUUGAUUAGCACGUGUAUACGUACAGAAUAUCAUGUACUGUAUACAUGUGUUCAUACAGUAUAUACAUAGUAGGUCCUUAGUUUAGUUAGUUGAAGACUUUUUUUUUUCACUCAAGUGUUGUUUUUGCGCAAUCCAGUUCUCAGAUCGAUGUUUAAGGCGAUUGUUUUCUGGCGAUCGAGCUACCAAAGAUUGUAUAAGUACAGGAAGCAAACUUUGCUAGCUGCCAUGAUAGUGAGCAGAUUAUUUGUGUACCAAAAACUGCCUGGUUUGGGAUUUUGCAUAAGUUUGAUAAUAGUUAGAGACAGUUCGAUUC